AGCUUUGAACUGCAUUACCGAGGAAAAAAGUUUUUUUCCCCAAAAAAAUGGCGUAUUCGGGUGUUCUGAAAACCCUAAUCAGUUCAUCGUGUUUGGGAUCUACGACUCGUAAUUUCAGCCUUGUUAGCACCCAAAUUAGCAAUCACACUGCGAAAUGGAUGCAGGAUACAAGCAAGAAAUAUCCUAUGGAGUUGAUCAAUGAGGUCCCUCCCAUCAAGGUUGAAGGCCGGAUUGUUGCUUGUGAAGGAGACAAUAACCCUGCACUGGAACACCCAAUUGAAUUCAUAUGCCUCGACUUGAAAGAGUCCACUGUGUGCAAGUAUUGUGGCCUGCGUUAUGUUCAGGAGCAUCAUCAUCACUAGAACUGCUGUUAUGUUUUUCUCAGGCUGUUGGGAUAUAUGUUAUUUUGCAGCAUUUAUGGGCGGUUUUCUCUGUUUCAGUUGGUAACAAAUUCGUUGUACCCAUGUUACUGUGAUAGUUCCCCCCCCCCUUCUUUUUCACAUAAUAAGUGUUUGAAGUUCUCGUUUGAGAAGAUAUUUCCAAAGUAAAUUCGAACCCAUGUGGUCUAAUUUUC